AUGGCAACAAACACCUGUUCCCCUCCUCCUUUUCGCCCAGCCUUGUCCGCCAGAGCGUCGAUAACCUCCCGAACAAGCAGCAUCCCGAGCACUCCUCUCGACGAAAUACCGGAGAAAUUGUGGCCACGAGUCCUCCGCACAACUACUGCCACUGAGACGAGUAACCCCGAGCUUUCUAUUGAAGAGAUUACUUCCACAAGAUUGUCUCUCGACGACCAGGCCAUCCUGACAAGUUUGCCUGGGGAGGGUAGUCGAAAAGAGGCACGAUCCCGCAAGUUUGUCAUGAGGAUGGCAUUUGGUGGCAUACUAGGAGAGAAUAAUGACCGAUUCAAGAAAAUGACACAGAGGUUGAAAAAAAUACCAAAUGGCUUCUUUACGCGCAAAGAACGAGAGUCGCUAGAAACAUCGUCAGAUUCGUCAAGUCAUUCGCAACACGUCUCCAGGCCAUCGCUGCCACAAUUGGACCUCACAGCAGAUAUCUGUGUCCAGGACCCCUGCGCGUCGUCAAACGGGGAAGAUUGUGGCGAGGGCAAGGCGAACGCACCUUUGAUGGACUACGACUGCAAGCUCAAGGAAUCAGAUUCAUGCCUGGAAGAGAUGGCAAAGAUCUCCUCUCUUAUUCGCAGAGAUCUUCAUGAAGUUACAAUUAAAGACAGUAUUACGCCGUCUUCAGGUUCUGGAAACCCCCAGCGUUUACCUCGUCACUUCACGCAUGCCCCUACUUAUACCUACGCCGCCUCCACUUCGACGGUCAACUCGAUUCACGUCGCCGAAGAUCGCUUGCUGCAUGGCCCACGCUCGUUGAAGGCAUUCUCUCGUCAGGGUCUCACGAGGGCCUCUUCCAUUGGGAGCGUGGAAGAGAUGCGCAGUCACGCCUUUGGAAGCCGAAGAGUCAGUCGACCUAGCUUGUCUAGUGGAUCGGCCAGGCACAACUCUGCCCCAAGCAUCGGCCGGACAUCGCAAUCGACCUCUCGCCCUGUCACUCACGCAGGAUCAAUCUCAUCCGUAAGCGCUACGAUAGUCCCUCCACGGAGACCAGUGGUGUACAUGGACGCGCCCAGCUCGUCUUCUGAAGUCAUCUGGAAUGGCCAUGACUCGAAGAAGCGCCCCUCUGCAUCCUCUACAGCGCGGCCCGUGUCCAAAGGGGCUUCCGUUCGAAGCAGCCAAGAGGAUCACGCGAGUUUAUCUUCAAACGUGGCUCCGGAGGUCGAACUCGGGUUGGGGGAGUUGCCUGGUUGCUGA